AUGUCGGACGGAGAAGACGAUACCAAGUCCCAAGUCAGCGCGGCCGCCGAGGUCGAGGUCUCUGCCGAUGCUUCCGGCGGUAAGGGCCAGAUGAGCGUCCUCGAGGCUCUCAAGGGUGUCCUGAAGCUCUCUCUCAUCCACGACGGACUUGCCCGUGGUCUGCGCGAGGCCUCCAAGGCCCUUGACCGUCGUGAGGCGCACAUGUGCGUUCUCAACGAGGCUUGCGAGGAGGAGGCAUACAAGAAGCUCGUCGUUGCUCUGUGCUCCGAGCACAAGAUCCCCCUUAUCAAGGUUCCCGAUGGCAAGCAGCUCGGCGAGUGGGCCGGUCUCUGCCAGAUCGACCGCGAAGGCAACCCCCGUAAGGUCGUCAACUGCUCUUGCGUCGUCGUCAAGGACUGGGGUGAGGAGUCCCAGGAGCGCAGCAUCCUCCUCAACUACUUCCAGACCGAGCAGUAA